CCUCGCUGGCGUCACUGCCACUGGUACACGCAGAAACUCCCUCACCCUUCACACUUUCGCCGUCAGAUGAAUGGCGUGUCGUAGGGCAAACGUUGCUCAGUGCGGCGUGAGGGCCGAGUGACGAGCUGGCGGCGAGGGAGGAACCAGGGAACAGUCCAAGAAAUUAUGACCUAGUAAGGCAAUUAACCCGCCAGCCUGCCGUGCUCCUCUCACGUACUUCUACCCGAGCCCCAACGUCGCCCCGGAGAUACACUUCAAUGCAUUAAGUGACGCCGUGCGUGGCGCUAAUUCCGUGACUGUUCACGGCGUGGUGAAGUCUGUUCGGAUCAUGCAUAGUGAGCACCGCCGCUUGCACCCUGUGCCCGAGGGAAGCCAUGUGUUGCGAGUAGCCAGUGUGCCAUCGCUCCCCUGCGUCGCGAAUUUCAGUGUUACGUGAACCGGGGGGUCAGCGCAUGCAGAGCAAGUACACGCGAGACCAUCUGUUAUAGUUGGGAAAGUGAUUCGCUGCUUCAGCCGUUGUGUUUGACCGUGAGUUCGGCCAGGUCUGGGUGUCGGAUUUCGCCGUUCGUCGGCCGUGGUGUUGCGCCUUCGAAGCCCCAAGGGGAUAAGUCGCUCGUACCCAAGCACCCUGUACCUGGCAGAGGAAACUAGCUGGAAAUUAAUGUCUCGGGAAGUGGAACAACUCUCGGUGAGAGAUGAGACGCGAUGUGUACAGUAGUAGUGUGUUGGUUUCGCCGCUGAGAGUGUAAAGAGCGAGGAGCGCCCGGGAGUGCCCAGUGUAUGUGUGUGUAGUGGGAACUGCCGGAGUGAAGGUGAUGGCUCAACCUCCAGCUUUCUUGAGAUUGGAGGUCCUCACCGCUCACACCCCUGUUACCACUGCCCCUUCUACUGCUGAUGCCACAGCUGCUGCCGCUGCUGUUACUACUGUUCCCGCCGCCGCUGCUUCUGUGACUGCCGUUACCGCUGCUACAGCUGUUGCUGCUGCUACACCAGGAUCCAAUGUCGUCGACAAACUCGGCGCCUCCACCGCCAGCACAGUCGCCAUUGACAACAAGAUCGAGCAAGCAAUGGAUUUGGUUAAGUCCCACUUGAUGUUCGCGGUGCGAGAGGAGGUGGAGGUCCUGAAGGAGAAGAUCACGGAAUUGAUGGAGCGCAUCAACCAGCUGGAGUACGAGAACACCGUCCUGCGGCAGUAUGCGACGCAGGAGGCGCUCCAGCAGAUCCAGCAGCCCCACCACAACUCCAACACCUGAACCCCCGCGCCCCACCAUUAACACAGCGCCUCCUCAUGGCCGUCCUCGUGGUGGCCCCCCCCAACUCCCUCUCGGCGGCAGCUGAUGCAGCGGUUCCUGGGCCUUAGGCGGCCUGAGCGGUGUGCACCGUCUUCGGCGGGCUGACCCCGGCCGCCCGCCCCGCCCACACGCCGCCCACGGACGCCCACGGCACCCAGCAUCCUCAUACAAGCUCAUCUUCAUUUCCAUUACGGCUCCGGCUAAUUAUUUAGGCUUUGUUGUGUAUAUAGUCCAUUCAGUCUCCACCAAGUUUGUACACAUUAUUUUUGUUGGCCUUGUAUUACAAUAGUGAGGUGUAAGGAGUUUGUGAGCGUGAUGAUAGAUGAAUCAAUAUAUAUAAAUGUAUGUUUUGCUUGGCUUACCGUCAAGAGGACAGGGCGCGCGGUCGCAGCAGGAGCAGCUGGGCAGCCGGGGGCCGCCCCGCCGGCUGCCCUCUUUUCAAGAAGCGCUUGGACCACGCUGGACCCGCGCCUCCUCACGCACUCCACACAGCGCUCAUACACUCCAACACACGUGUUGUGUUCACAGCAUCUCCAUCAUUAUUCAGAAUUAUUUGUCAGUGAUGUCUAAGGGUAGUGAGGUAGCAAAGUGGUGAUGGUGACGCGAGAAGGACAGCAGCGCGACGGGUGAGCGAGUGACGCCCGGCGCCCAAGGAACGCCGGCCACGACAGAUACGGUGGCGUGGCUCAAGCACACGCACUCUGAGGCCAGCAAUGCACAGGUCAACCCGCGCUGAUCAAUCCCUCUGCUCGGAGAAGUCGAAGGUGUCAGCUGUUGGUAUGUUUUACUGCCUUACGUGGGACAAGAUACGACAGGUUAUAUAGAUUUAUCUUCUGUGAAUGAUGACCCCCCCCCCCCCGCCUUCCCCAGGAUAAAGCUUGUACCGACAGCAGUACUGUAGUUACACAAAGGUGCUCACGGCUAGCAUGAAACACCUGAAAAUGUAAAAUGUCUACUGAUCAGGAGGACUGAAGCCUCCCCCACCCCGCGCUCUCCCGCCCCAACGACCCUGUGCCUCAGAAGACAACCCCAGUAUAGGAGCACCCUGCUUGGCACUAAGCACGUGAAGGCAUGUGAUAUUGUAGUGUAUCCUUCCCUCCUCUCCUUCCUCCCUCUCUCUCCCCACCGCUUUCUCACCCUCCUCCUCUUCCUCUUCCUCCGUUUCCUCCUCUUCUCCUUCUCGCCCCCAGCCCAGGUCAGCACCUCAAAGGAGGUAGCUCAUUCACUUCCUCAUAUUGGGGAGGUUCCUCGUAGUGCCGGCGGCCGGAGGGCCAUCCGGGGGAGGUUCUCGCUCCUCCCCGGGUGAUGACGACGCACUCCCUGCUUGAGGCUUGACGAGGCUAGUCGAACUUUUACCAUGUAGUGUCCACGUUUGACAAGUGGACGGAAGUCACUUUUUGUCCAGUUUUCCGCUGUGCCAUUCUGCCUGAGGUAUUGUAGGACCACGACCAGCCAAACACAAACUAGAGGUCUCACAACGAAUCUCUAGAACUCUGAAGAAAAUUUAUGUAUGACUUUAAAGCUUCUCUUAUUUUUUAAACAAAAGAUUGACAAGGUUUACUUUUUAAUAAAAAGAUAUAUUGUAUUAUGAUUUCGAUGUGUAUUGAGCCUUUAUGAUAUUUUUAUGCCCCUUGUGUUUAUUCUUGUCAAUGUCGAAACUGCUCUCAGAAACUGUAUUUUGUUAUAUGUACAUUUCUAGUUACUGUAACAUUGUUGCUCAUUACAGUCUCCUGCUGUCAUACUAUUAAAAGUUCCUGAGGUAAUAUAGGUUUGAGUAUUUUUUUUCUCUCUCUCUCGGUGAAUGCAAAUCGCUUGUGUAAUGUCCUGCCGACUGACUGGUGAUGUGUACUAAGGUGAUAUAAUGUAAAUAGCGUUAAGAGUGUUGUCCCGCGUAACGAUCAGGACAAUCUCGUUCAAUUCUCAACCGGUAUUCAGCUACUGGGCAGAGUAAUACUCGCUCGCCCACCUUACCAUACACAAGAUUUGUAUAAGAAUAAAGCUAUUGAUAUUUAA